UGGGUGGAGUCUUUUCAUCAAGUGACCGUAAUUACCCAAUAGAGAAUCAGUUACCAGGAGCUCAGCAGCUAUUGGUUAAAUCGGUUGCCUGGGCAACUACAACUUAGCUCGUGUCUUAGAGACAUAACGGUGUCUGCACGGAUAUUUACUCUGGUUUCAGUUGCUGCAUCACCCGGAAGUUGACACAGCGAUAAACGGGGUACAGACGGAAUGCCUGUCAACUACUGUGCCGGCACCGGGAAGCGGAAGUGUACGACUGGCCCCGCCCACCGGCCUCUGCCCUUGUGACGUCAACGUUUUGAAUGGUUGCUGAGCUGGAAGAAGUGAAGUGACAGUAUCUGGUCAGUCCCGGAGACCCCAGGCUGCAGGGAACAUGAAGGCCUUAAUCCUGGUUGGUGGCUAUGGUACAAGGUUACGGCCUCUGACGCUCAGUGUCCCUAAACCAAUGGUGGAUUUCUGUAACAAGCCCAUCCUGCUGCACCAAGUGGAGGCUCUGGUUAAGGCAGGGGUUAAUCAUGUCAUCCUGGCAGUCAGUUACAUGUCAGAUAUGUUGGAGAAGGAGAUGAAGGAGCAGGAGAAACGGCUGGGAAUCCGAAUCUCCAUGUCACAUGAGAAGGAGCCUCUUGGAACAGCGGGUCCAUUGGCUCUGGCCAGAGAGCUUCUGACUGAGAACUCUGAGCCAUUCUUUGUACUGAACAGCGAUGUGAUCUGUGACUUUCCCUUCGAGGAUAUGGUCCGUUUCCACCAGCACCAUGGCAAGGAGGGCACCAUCGUGGUCACAAAAGUUGAGGAGCCCUCUAAGUAUGGGGUGGUCGUGUAUGACGCGGAAAGCGGCCAAAUCCAGCGUUUUGUGGAGAAGCCUCAAGUGUUUGUGUCCAACAAGAUUAACUCUGGAUUGUACAUUUUCUGCCCGUCUGUGUUGGACCGUAUCCAGUUGCGUCCAACCUCAAUAGAAAAGGAGAUCUUUCCGGUAAUGGCUCAGGAAGGGCAUUUAUUCGCCAUGGAGCUGCAGGGUUUCUGGAUGGAUAUUGGACAGCCUAAGGACUUCCUGACAGGAAUGUGCAUGUACCUACAGUCUGUGAAGCAGAAGAACCCUGAGCGGCUGCAUGUUGGACCUGGUUUUGCUGGGAAUGUUUUGGUGGAUCCCUCCGCCAAGAUUGGUGUCAACUGCUGCAUUGGUCCUAAUGUAAUUAUUGGCCCUGGAGUGACAGUGGAGGAUGGGGUGCGGAUAAAGCGAUGUACAGUCAUGAAGGGCUCCAAAAUCCGAUCCCAUUCCUGGCUGGAGUCCUCUAUAAUUGGCUGGAGUUCAACUGUUGGACAGUGGGUGCGGAUGGAGAAUGUAACUGUGCUGGGAGAAGAUGUCAUUGUAAAUGAAGAGCUUUACCUCAAUGGAGCCAAUGUGUUACCCCAUAAAUGCAUAUCUGAGUCAGUACCGGAACCCCGGAUUAUUAUGUAGAGGUGCUGGAGCAGCCACUAUGCUGGGAAAAUACAGAUUUAUUCUGGUGCAGUGUGAACAUCCUGUGGAAGGCAUGAUAUCCCCUGCUAUUGAACUGUGUGUGCUCCAAUGGUGAGGAGUGCUGCUCUUGUACCGUUCCUGUGCCUUCUCCAUGGGUGGUGCUAUGAAGAUAGAACAAUGUCGGUCAACAUGCCCAGUGGUAACAAAUGGGGGUUACCCAAUGUAAAUCUAGAGGAGGGAAACAUGUGACUGCUUUAAAUUAUAUAGUUGGUUUUAACUGGAUUGAUAAACAUCCCCCUCCACAUUAUGAGGGUAAAUCACACUGAGAAUGGAAGGGUACUGGCCCCCACCCUAUGUUACAGACAUUUGCUGUGUUUGCCAGUGGAAAAUUUCUUAUAAAUAUGUUGUUUUCAUA